ACAGCAUUGCUUUCUGUAUUAGUUAUCUCUGAAGCAUUACCAAUGGCGAAUCUGAAUGUAAAAAUAGCUGAUGACUGUUUGUUUCAUCUGUCUUGUUACUUGACACCGCAUGGUUAUUCCAAUACGUAUGUUUGCCUCUUCCCCACCAUGAUCUCCGCUUGGUUUCCCCUUGCCUGAUAACUAUUUAAAUACAUUUUAGUAACUUUGGAUUCCUUGCUUACUUCACCUGGCUGGACAGGUCUGCGAGGGCUCAAGGGUUAGCUCCUCCACUUUUGUUGUUUUAUUUAUUUUUCGGGGUUGUUUCUAUUAAGGUAACCAUGUUCAGAAGGAGAGUCCGAAACACAUAAAUAAUGGGAAGUGCUAAUAGUAAGCAGGCUGCUGUAAAAUGUGUUGGGGCUUUGACUCAAGGGAAAAAAGAGCAGCGCUGCACUGUCCCUGACCAGGAAGCUGGAGCACAGAAGGCCUCUUGGCAGGAUGGGGCAUUUGGAGGACACUGGGAAAGGCAGUCCAGAGACCAGUUGGAAAUAACUGUUGUGUUUUUGCCAUUGAACCAGAAAGGGAAAGGUAGAGAGACUUGACAUGAUUCUCCGCAGGUAUCACAAGCAGUCUCUGUUCCUCCCAUUUUUCUUCACAUGAGGUCUUCAUCUCCCAUUGCUUGGAGCUUUAUGUUCUGAGCUGAAGAGAGUUCAUUUAAGAUCAAAAAAUGCUGAGAGUCGGAAACAUCCCAGGACACUACUUCUGUCGACUAUACAUCACUGGACUAUUUCUACCUCCUCACUAAAGAUGGUUAGAAAUGAAGCCAAGUGCAAGCAUGAGAGGGAGUUCUAAAUAUGAGAAGCAAAGUUACACUGCAAGCAGAGAAGAAAAUUUCCUUCAGCUAUUCCAUAAGAUGAAUCAAUGUGCAACAGCAGCACCAGGAGAAAUCACUUCAUGAGUGUGAAUUGCUAACAACUGAAACAGCUGGAACCACCCCACACAGUCAUCUGCCUGAAGUUAAUCCUUUGGAGAAUUCAUUCAUGAUUCCUACGAACAAUGCAGGGAAAUAAGAAACAUACAGAAGGACAUAGUGACUCCUCAAGUAUUGGGAGUCUCCUGGAUGAAACAGACAGAGAAGUGAGCAGCCUCACAGACCGGGCUUUCAAAAGUUUGUGUGUGGCAGAACUAGAAGACUCUUACAGUGAGUCAGAUCUUCCCAUUUCACCCGACUUCGCCCUCCAGUUCUCUGCUAAACUUCACCGAGGGACAUUAAACCAUGCCAUCAAGAGCAAUGUCUGUAACAAGCUAACAGCAAGAAACAAUGAACAUACAAUAUGGGCUUCCACAUUCCAGCAGUUACCAAAGUGUGCUCAGGAGGAGAAAAAGGUUGCUAAAAAUAACAGCUUUACCACGGAAAGGAAAAAAAUGACUUUACCAGUUCCUGGUCCAAGGAACAAUAAACAUGCUUCAAAAGUGUCCUCACUGAUUAAGACAUUUAAUAAGACUGCAGACCAAGGGUCAGGGGGUUCCCUGUUAGCCGUUAAGCAGCCCAUUAAGAAUAGCUUUCAAAAAUGUAAGUUAAAUCAUGGAAAUGAUAUGGCUUGUUGGGAUGACACAGGCAUUUUAAGCAACCACAAGGAACUUUCUGAAUAUUCUGAGGCUAGUCAAGGUAGCCACUCUCUCAGUAGCAGACAUGAGCCACAGAAAAGACCUAAUAAAAUAGACCUGAGUUAUUGUGGUUCUGAUGAUUAUUAUCCUGUGCUGAUUGAGAUGUCAAAAAUAGCCAAGUCAAAUUUUUCCCAUUCUUCUAAAAAGGCUUUAAAAAACAGAAGUGUGAAAGUUAAUGAGCCAGCAAAAAAAGGUAAUUUUCUUCACAGUGAGAAUAGUGCUUUUGAAUCAUGGAAAGUUCAUCAUAAAAAACUGGCCGAAAAGGAGGAAUUUGUUGAUAUAAAAAUGAAAAAGGAAGGUCUUACGUACCUGGAAGAAGUACCAUUUAUUAAAGGAUCCUGCACACAGGAACAUAAAUUGCCACCUGUCAAGACCACUGUUGCUAAGAAACAAGAGAAAGAUUUUCAGAUGAAGCUAACACCAAAAGCUGCUUUCAGCAUCCCUCUCCCAGCUGCAUAUGAAACUCAGGACCCCUUUCCUUCAGGAACUGAAUUUCCUGCUGCUCUUCCUCCUACACCCCCCCCUAGAAUCCAUGUGCACCGGGGUCCCCCUCAGCCACCACCUGUCCCACACCUUCCACCUCCAAACCAGCAGGGCCAUCCCCCAACACCUCCUAGCCCUGAAGCGCCUCCUGUGCCACCACCCCCAAUGCCAGCUCAACUUUCCCCCCCUGCCAUAUCCCCAGCCUCCAUCUCACCCCAGUCCAUGUCCCACAGGAUGGUUUCACCUAUGUCCCAGGCACCCAGCCCACCUCCACCAAGACCUCUGGCCACCUUAACUGAAGGCGAGCACCUCAGUCCAGAGUUGGGCAAUACCUGUCCGCCCUGGAGGAGGCAGAGGGCUGCAAAAGGGGCAGCAGAGAGGAGACAGACUUCAAACGAGAAGUUUACAGCCAGUGAUGAGACAUGCUCAUUGUCUGAAAAGGCAACUGGUGCCAAACCUGGUCUGGAGGUGACUCCUCUGCCCAGACAGGUAAACUCCCCUGGAUCGAUCAGUCCCCCUUUCAACAUCACCGAACUCUUAACACCGAUCAUACCACCAAAACAGGAGGUGGACACUGUUGAAAGCGAGCUGAUCCCACUGACACCUCCUCCCACUGAGAACACAGCACUGAGAGACCAUGAGGGGAACGCAUUCGACAAUUACAGGUCUCGGGAUAGUUACAAAUCAAAAGCAUCAAGUCUGUUAUUCAAUUUGAAGGAUGUGCGUAAACGUGUUAAAAGCAUUUAUACCCCUUCUCCUCUGUUAAGGGCCUUGGAGGAGAAAAACAAAAUGAGGGAGAAUAUCCAGGAAAGUACAAAAAUAAAUGCCUCAUUCUCCACUUCACAAGAAAAAAGUAGCAAGAAUAUUGCAGACAAAGAUGAAUCGAGUGAUAUAACCUCCAUACACGAAAAGGACAAUAAAACUGAUUUAACUGGACACUUUACAGACAAUUACCUGACUAUGAGUUCACCCCAGACAACAGGGGAUCUUUUAUUUUACCAAACUAGAGAUAACUUGCAUCAAGACAACUCAACAUGUGAAGAUCUGGUUAAAAACACAAGGGAGAAUGAAAACUUCCCCUUGUUCAGACAUGAAUCCAAUGAACCUGAUUUAAGAAAACACCUGCACUACCCAGCACUGAAACCAUUCAGUAGAGACAAUGCAGGCACAACAGCUGGGCAAAAUCCCAGUGUCCAGGGUGAGGAAAAUGUGAGACAGGCUGCUAUUCAGAAUGAAAAUCUUGCCUUCAAAACACUCCCAAACCAACUCUCACCAGCAGAGGAUGUGCCUUACAGUGACACCCAAAUCAACAUGGUGGUACCUGACCAUGAAGCACAAGGCAGAAGCACUAGCUCUUCAGAGCAGUCUUUUGUCUCCACGGUAGAGCAGCCACUUCAGGAUGAGCCAUUUCCACCAGUGCCCCUGAUGCAGAAGGCAUGCCUUCAAGAAAGCCAGAGGACUAAGAAUGAAAUGGGUACAGACAGUAAGAAUAGCCACAAUGAGAAAGGGGAUGAGAUUGAGGAAGAUGAACUGCAAUAUUAUGCUUGUAUCAGCUCUGGUACUGGUGCAGCAGAGAAGAGGGAGGGGAAGGUUACUGGGAAUGAAGAGAGGAGCUUGAUGAAAGAGAAACUGAGGAGAGAGAAAAGCAAAGAGGCCGACAACGUGGAUUCUGCUGCCAGCAGUGUAAGGGACAUGUCCAUCCCCAAGCCUGAAGAGCCACAAACACUGCCAACUUCAAGUGCAACCAAACCCAGUCUGUUUAUGAUUAAAGAUAACACAUUCAGGUCGCCUCAGGUAAUAAGGGCUGUCAAGCUGCCUCUGUUCAGGUCCUUUUCCCUGGAUGAUACAGUGAGCAGCAGUUAUAAGGAAAUGGAAGGUAGGUUUAUGCCUCCAGCAUGGCACAAUAAGCAACACCAAAAGAUGUUGCAUGCUCAGGAGGUAGGCUGGUCGGCAUCGAGGCACAGAGGGAAGCAGAAUGUGAGGGAUGGAGCAACCGACAGAGGAAAAGAGGCCAGUGAGCCUGGAUCGACUCCAGCAACACUGGAUCCCAGUCAUCUGGAAGAUACAGAGAACCUUUUGUUAGGGAAGAUGAUGGAAGAAGAUAAAGAGACUUGUGCUUUGUUAAAUAAAGUUGGGAAAAUGAAUGAGGAAAGUGUCUGCAGAAGGAAAGAGAGGACCCAGUCUAGGAAGGCAAGACACAGCUUAACACAUCCAAAUUUAGGUCUGGAAAAUUACCAAGAACAAAACAGCACCAGCUAUCCCACAGAAAGAAAGACAAAUUACUUCAAGAAUCAUCACCUAUCUAAUCGCAGGGGUGGAUCUUGUGCGAAAAAAAUAAUCACUAGGGAGACAAUUUCCCCAGUGACUGACUCCAUAUCAGAGGACCACUCUUAUUCUCCUGUAUCCCAUGAAGCUUUAGAGGACAUCCUACAUACAGAAGGUGCACCAGUUUUGUUAGAUAAUCUUGCAUGCUCUGCUGCUGCAAGCCCCAGGUCAGGCAGCACAAUGCACUCUUUAACUGCCAGUUCAUUGUCAGACAAACCAACAAUUUCAGGCCUUAGAGAGACAGAGGAUGUUAUAAACCCUGCUUUGCUGAGCAUGGCACUAAAGAGCCAAGCUGACAUGGCUGCAGGAGAGAUACUUGAUUCAGCACAGAGAAAUCUGCUUUCUGGUUCUGCAGGGGAAGCUGAGGGACUGGAGCCCAGGGACCCUAGGGAGAGAGCAGCAGGCAAGCCUCCCGCUGUGCCACCGAAAACAGAAAAAGCUCUGCGGCGGGCCAAAAAGCUGGCAAACAGGAGACAAAAAAUGCAUGAGCAGCAGAAAAAACAUCAGACUGAGCAUACAGAUGCUGUAGGGAGAAAGUCUUCUCAUUCUGGACAGACACUAGCAUCUGUCUCAGCCCUGGGAUAUUCUCCUCUCCACCCUGCCCCUCACUCAACUUUUACUCCCGCAGAAACCAGUACAGGAAGACCCAGUUGUGCAAUAGCAGUAAGCCCUUCACCCUCUUUAAUCCAACGUAAACUCCUCCAGGACCCUGACUCUGGUCAAUACUAUGUAGUUGAUUUACCAGCUGAAGUUAAUGUAAAGACAUUUUAUGACCCUGAAACUGGCAAAUAUGUUCAAGUCUCAGUCCCUUCUUCAGAAGGGAACUUAGAAGAACCCUCCUCUUCAGAAAUUAUGAAUUCUCCCUAUGUCUCCUACCCUAGAGUGCUGCCUUUACCAGCUUCGUCUGUAGCAGUGCUGAAGUCACCUUCUCAGAUCUCUGAACCUACCUGGUUAAUGCUAGCUGCACCAGGAGAACCAGCUGAACUACAUGAAGAUGGUCAGCAGGUCUGCAGAUACUCUGAAGCUGUGGAUACUCAGCCCUAUAUUGAACCAGCCUCUUCCUCAUCCAGUCAAGACAUUCAAGAAACUAAAGUUCACUUAGGAAAGGACAUGAGCCCGACACCAAAUACUGAUAUAGUGUCUAUCACAGAUUUAGAUGAUUUUGCUGCUGAAGGAGUAUCUUGAAAACUGAAGUAACAAAAUAUGCCAGAUGAUAGUGUUAAGAACUGUUUGGACAGACACAUGCACACAAAAGCACAUGCAGAUUUGAUGUUUGUACAACACUUUAUGUCUGAAUCUCAUUGUGGUUUGGGUGGGAAGAAAAAUGAAAGCUGACCACAUUGAAAGAUGUGAGGUGAUGAUCACACUGAACAGUGAAAUUGAGUAAGCACCAAAUUAUCAGUGAGAUGAAAGGGCAAUGCCAUCUAAACAAAUAAAUACGACAGUAUGAAGCCACUGCUUGCUGCUGCUGCUGCUUUGCCAUUAUGGUGACUGGCAUUGCCAAAGCAAGUGUCCUUUUGUUCAGAUGUGUUGCAUGAUAUACGACACAAAAUAUAACCUGUAAGACCAUCCUGUGCACCCUGUGAGACCUAGGACAGAUGCCUCAUCUACUGAACUUUCCUCACUCACUGCCUUUGAACUAUAUUGACAGGUAGAAAACAUAUGGCUACAAAUAUGCCAUAAACACAAGAUUCAUUUUUUGCACACAUUGAUUGCCCAGAUGUUAUUGACAAGAAGAUUGUAUACUGGAUGCGCAAUACAACAGCCAUGUCAAAAAACUUUUAAACAACCAGAAUACAGUUGCAGCUGCUCUAAACUUCUCAAUAUACUCUUGCAGUGCCCACUAACAUGCUGCUGAAUUCUUUGUAUUUCUUCAUAAUCUUCAAAGAAGUUCCCCUAGAGUCAGGGGUUAUUUAUAAUACAACUUAAAACUUCAACUCAUCUUAGUACUCGGCCUGAAAUAUUAUGGUAAGGGGCAAGGUUUGAAUGAAAUCCCUUAACAGUAUUUAAUUUCUCGUUAGGAUGAGAAGACCUUUGCUUAUUAUAUUAUAUUAUUAUAUAUAUAGUUUUGUUUUGUUUUGUUUUCAGGCUCCCACUGAAAUAGAGUGCUAACAUUUAAAAUCUGAAAAAUGUAAAUAAUUUCGGUCUUCUGAAUUCUGUGAUUCAAAAAAAAAAAAAAAGACACAAAACAUCUGAAGUAUUAAUUUCUAGAAAAGUGUUUCUUUGAAUUAUCACUUUUCUUUGAAAAAUCUGUAUCAAAAUAUCACUCAUCCUUUCAUAAGCUCUUUUUUAUCAUCAUAGAUAAUGAUAGAACCUUGGUGAAAAGAAGGAAAAAUUGAAUGUAAUGUGCCUGCUUAAAAAUGUCCAUAUUUGGAGUACUGGUUUAUUUUUUCUGUCUCAUUUUCAUAUUGUUUUCCCCCAAUUAAAACUGAAGUGCAGGAGCUUUAAUGAAGAAUUAUACCAGUGACUUUCAGCCUGAUUCACAUCUGAGGCUAUUUUCAAAAGACUCUUUUCAGUGAAGCAAUUCUUGACUUCUUGAAAAUAGAGGGAAGAAUCAGGGCUUUUGUUAAUAAAUCCAGCGUGAAGACAGGACACAGACACUGCUCUACUCUUCCAGUUUUAAUAUUUAUGAUAGAGGUUUUCUUCAGUAAAUCCUUAAUUUCCCAGGAUCGAGGCUGCUCUCAAGGACACAGGCCAACACUUGGUGGUUUGACUCCUUCCCGAACCUGAGCUCAGCUCCCAGCCUUCCUCUAUCUCUGACUACAGCCAUGUGCUCAGAACCUGUCCUGAUCCCAUCUGACAUCUCCUUUUGUAGGUGCUAUUUGCUAAAACAUUUCCGUUAAAGCAGCUAGUCAAACACAAAGGGCAUCUCUUCACUGGUUUCAGUUGGGAUUUGAUUUGGCCUUUCACGAUUUUCUAAGGUUCAUUUCCCCUUUUAUGCAGAGUUGUGCCAGAUUUGCCAUUUUGUGAUUCAUCAGGGAGGGUUGCAGCAAAGAUGUGGGGUAGAAGUAGAGAAGUUAAUACUAGUUUGGUUUGGGUUUUGAGCAUAUUCAGCUAAAUGCCCAUAUUUGAAUAAGCAUUCAUUGUUCAGUUUUCACCCUUUAAAAUUUUGAACAUCUGACUGGAUAAAGCCAUGAACAACCUGGGCUGGCCUCAGAACUGACUCCUUGGUCAGGAGGUUCAUUCAGAGACAUCUUAGAGAUCUCUUGUAGCCUGAAUUAUCCUGUGCUCCUAUUCUGCAAACAUCAAAAUUUUAAAACAAAUUUGACUUGGAACUCAAAAAAUGCAGUCUCUCCUGGGAAAGAGCUCAUUUUGAAAGAAUUAAAAAAUAAUUUUAAAAUCAAGAGUGCUUUAGGAACAAGAAAUAAUUUUCAAGUUGUUAAAUUAAGGGAAAUUAAGAAUAUUUUGCCUUUUAUUUUGGUCACAAAUACUUUGCUAAACUGACUUGGUGCCAUUCAUGUUGCACAUAUCUGUUGCUGUCAGUGUAUAAAGCAUAAUGUCUUUUCCAGUUCUGAGCAGAAUGCCAUCUCUAUGUUAAAACAUAGAUAAAUACAUCUAUUAAGGUAUUCCAUGGUAUAUUUGGACAGAA